AUGAAACAGGGGGUUCGUGAAAGUAGACAAUUGCCAAAAUUUAUCGACAAGGCUCUUAAAUUGCUUAAUUUGAAGCAAGUUUUACAGGAAGUUGAAACGAGUGUCAUGUCAAAAGUUUCCUGCACUGCUUGCAAAGCCGGAACUGGACUUUUACUUCAUUACAUAAGAAGUGGAAAGUCGGAUACUGAUAUUCUUAAACUUAUCGAUCAAUUUUGUAUUAGUUUAAAAAUUCAAACCCCGAGGGUGUGCGAAGGGAUUUCCCAAUUAUUUGGGACCGAAGUAGUUUAUGUAUUAUCUAAAGUAAGUUUAGGACCAGACGAAAUAUGCAGUUUAGUAGUUGGAGAUGCAUGUGGAGAUGUUUACAAUCCGCUCCAUGAAUGGUCUGUACAAUUUCCACCGGUACCAAAACCGGUUGUUCCAGCUCCUCAGGCUCCGACGCCGGGAGCUCCUACGUUUAAGGUUUUGCAUUUAUCAGAUACUCAUUUCGAUCCUUAUUAUUUAGAGGGGUCGAAUGCGGAUUGUAACGAACCCCUGUGCUGUCGGUUAACCAACGGACCGGCAGCUAAAAAAGAAAAAGCAGCAGGACGAUGGGGAGAUUAUAGGAAAUGUGAUACACCGCAAAGAACAAUCGAUCACAUGUUACAACACAUAUCAGCGACGCAUCCGGACAUCGAUUAUAUAUUAUGGACCGGAGAUUUACCACCUCACGACGUUUGGAAUCAAACGCGAGAAGAAAAUUUAAUGAUACUCAAAGAAACCGUUUUGCAAUUGACUCAAUUUUUUCCAGGCGUCCCAAUUUUUCCAGCUUUGGGAAAUCACGAAGCCGUACCGGUAAACAGUUUUCCACCUCCAUUCGUGGGUGGGGAUUGGUCAAUAUCGUGGUUAUACGAUCAACUGGAUGCACAAUGGCGACAUUGGUUACCAUCAUCAGUGUCACAAACAGUACGUCGUGGAGCUUUUUAUAGCGUUUUAGUACGUCCGGGAUUUCGAAUAAUAUCCCUCAACAUGAAUUAUUGCAAUAAUAAAAACUGGUGGCUCCUGUUAAACAGUACGGAUCCCGGUAGAGAACUUCAAUGGUUUAUUUACGAAUUACAAAGUGCUGAGUUUAACGGGGAGAAAGUUCACGUUAUCGGUCACAUACCCUCAGGUCACGCAGAUUGUUUAAAAGUCUGGAGUAGAAAUUAUUACAAAAUAAUAAACAGGUACGAAUCCACGAUCACGGCACAAUUUUUCGGUCACACCCAUUUUGACGAAUUUGAAAUUUUUUACGAUACGGAAAAUAUGGGAAGAGCAGUUUCGGUGGCAUACGUUGGACCGAGCGUUACGCCAUACGUUAAUCUCAAUCCCGGAUAUCGUAUUUAUUACGUCGACGGUGAUCACGAUCACACUACGAGGCUCGUGGUCGAUCACGAAACUUGGGUGAUGAAUUUAAAAGAAGCAAAUUUAUACGAUUAUCCAAUUUGGUACAAAUUAUAUUCUGCUAGGAAAGCUUAUUCUAUGACGUCACUUCUUCCGCAAGAUUGGGACGAAUUACUAACGCGUUUGACAACGGAAAAUGAUCUUUUCGACACGUAUUACAAGUACUACUGGAAAAAUUCUCCAGUUCGUCCUUCUUGCGAUCCUGAAUGCAAAAAGAGAAUGUUGUGCGAUUUAAGAUCUGGUAAAUCACACGACAGAAAACUUUUAUGUCAGGAAUUGGAAAGCAGAAUAGAUGCUAAAACGAGAGUAGGAUGGAAAGCGUGGAUAUACAACGGUUUGGCAUUAUCGUGA